AUGACCAACUCUUCACCCAGCCCGGUGGCGGCGAAUGACAGGUCAGAAACAGCAUCGCCUAAUCGUGAACAGGCCCUGACCUCGGCCAACGAAGCUGCUACUCUAGAGGUCGAUGAUACAGCUAGCAUUAACGCAUCGGGCUCCAGUAUCAGUGAUCAAAUCUCGACCUACACGGCGUCUUUAACCUCCAGCGCGAUAGACUAUCCCACCGAAUACGGCCGACGGUAUCAUGCAUUUCGUGCGGGAGCAUAUUUGGGACCGAAUGACGAGUUAGAGAUGGACCGACUGGACUUUCAUCACACCUACAUGGUGAAGAUCCUCGGCAGGAGGCUGUUCUUGGCUCCAAUUCCAUCCGAGACCACCCAUAGGAUUCUUGACAUUGGCACCGGUACUGGCAUCUGGGCCAUCGAGGCAGCAGACGUCUUUCCCAACGCAGAGAUCUUAGGAAACGAUUUGAGCGCGAUUCAGCCAUCUUGGGUUCCGCCGAACGUCAAGUUUGAAAUUGACGACGUUGAAAGCUCCUGGGUAAACGAGCAGAAAUUCGACUUCAUCUUUUGUCGAUACAUGGCCGGUUCUAUUGUCGAUUGGCCCAAGCUCAUGAAACAAAUCUACGCAAAUCUCAAGCCUGGAGGCUGGGUCGAGUUUCAAGACUACGACAUCAAUUAUGUCUCGGAGGACGGAACACUGACUGAAGAGCACCACACUGACCGGUGGAGUAAACUCUUGAUCGAGGCCUGCAGAAAGAUUGGCCGUGAUCCCUGCAUCGGACCGUUGCUCGAAGGCUGGGUUAAGGAAACAGGAUUCGUCGAUGUCGUCCAUCAGAAGUUCAAGAUGCCCAUCGGGCCAUGGGCCAAAGAUCCUCACUACAAAGAGAUUGGUAUGAUGAACCUCAUUCAGCUAAUGGAUGGCUUGGAAGCAUUCAGUUUGAGGACCUUCUGUGGCGUCCAUGGAUGGACCAGAGAGGAAGUCUUGGUACUGCUAGCCGAGGUACGCAAGGAGCUAAAGGCCGGGAGCUUCCAUGCCCAUACUGCGAUCCACGUGGUUUAUGCACAAAAACCAGAUGAAGAGGAGGUGGAGGAGACCUCUUGA